ACUUUUAUUUUCAUCGAUCAUAUCAGUUGUUGUCAUUAUCAGUUUAUCCUGUUUAUCAGUUAUCAGUAUGAGAAAUUGAGAAGAUUCUUCUCCCACUAAGAAGAUCCAGAGAGAUGAGUGAUGCAGUACCUCAAAAGCCUGCUCAGUCCAUACUUGAAGAUCUUCAGUCAAAGUAUGAGCAGGUUGAGACUUUACUGAAGAACAGCGCGAGUGAUCCGCCAACGGAACCUCACAAGUCCAAGUAUGCUGCUGAAGUGAUUUUAAAAGAAUUGAAAUCUUUGCUUCAAGAUGCUAAAAACGAACAAAUCGAUGACUAUGAGACAAUUCUGGGCUAUGUCUACUUACAAUUAGGUUUGAUUGCCAUUGAUACAGAUGAAUUAUCGAAAGGUGAAGAAAGCUUAAAAGAUUGCUUAAAUCUCGUUGAAAAAAAUGCUUCCUCUCCUAAAAACAUCUUAAUUGUCAUCAAUGCUUUAAAUAAUUUGGGAAUUUUGUGGUCACAAAGAUCUGACCCAAACAAAUCAUUUGAAUAUUUGUCCAAAGCUGAAGAAUUUUACAAGGACUUCACUGCAAAUUGUUCGGAGAAGGUCUUAGGCAUCGCAGAGAUAAUAAAUUACAAGAAAGGCUUGAAUGUUCCGCCUGUUGAAAAUAUCUCUUUAGAGAAACUUCACACUGCAACAUUGCAGUAUUUAGCAGAGAUUCAUUGGGUUUUGGGUCAUGAGGUAAAAUCGGCUGUGUACUGCCACGAGACGUUGAAACGACAACUUGAAAGCAACGAUUAUAAUGCGAUCGAGUGGGCUCUUAACUCAGCAACCCUAGCUCAAUUUUUCCUGAAAAAAUCUGGUUUUACUCAGGCAAGAAACCAUUUAGCUGCUGCCUCUUACAUUUUAGAACUUUAUGAAGCGGAACUGAACAAGCAAGAAGGAAGCACAGAAGAAUUGGAAGCUAAAAAAGAAGUGUUGAGAUAUCGAAGUGCAGAUGUUGCAAGAUGUUGGGCAAAGUAUGGACUCAUCUUACUAUCAUCUUCCAAAGAUCGCCUACUAGAAUCAGAAGAGCAUCCGCAAGAAGAUUACCCAGAUGAGUUGAAAGUCCUCAAAUUCAGCUCUAUAGAUCUGUCACUUUACGAGUCUCAAGUCACAAAUCAAUACAUUUUGAUGUUCGAAGAUGCAAGGCUUGUAUUCAUGAAUGUGCGACUUUGGUUGAAGAAAGCUGAAGAAUAUUACACACUGGAGGACCAUGCCUCUGAUUAUGCGCAAAUUGUUCAAGACAUGAGUGAGCUGUACAAACUUUUAGCUUUUUACGAGGAUGAUGAAAGCAGACAAUGUAAAAUGCACAAAAGACAGAUUGAUUGUUUGGAAGAACUAGUCGGUAAACUUAAUCCUCAGUAUUAUUUAGAUAUAUGUAGGCAAGUUUGGUUUGAGCUUGGGGAAACAUACGCAACCAUCCUUUAUGUCAAAGAGGCCCAGCUACAGAAAGAAAACUGUCCAAACCCUCAGUCACUGAAAAAGUGUAACAAUUUAGCCGACCAGUCCAUAAAAAAUUAUAGUAGCUUCAUCAACUCUUUCAAAGAUCGAAGUGAUCAGCUACCCGAGAAGUUUGAUGAUAAUUGGGAAAGAUCCGUUUUGCUAGCGCAUUUUUAUAUAGCCAGAAUGCUGAGCAAAAUUAUUACUGUUGAUCGUCAGUUGCGAUUUGAUAAAACAAAGGAAAGUCUCAACUACUACAAGUUUGUUGUUGAUUAUGCAGAAAAACAUGAGACGGCAGCUGGUGUAGUCGGAACUGAACUCGGUGUUGCUCGUGACAUGGUCAAACUUUUGCCCUUGAAGCUAGAGAAGAUGCUUGGGUCUCCAGAUGGUGGAAGUUGAAAAGAGUAAUUGUCUCUGAGACGAACCUUAUGGCUUAGGGUUCAGCUGUGGAAAAAUGUGUGCUGUAGUUUUCCAUGGAAAUUCAUUCCCUCUCACAUUUGAUUACCUAGCUAGUAAAUUGAAUUUUCUUUUUGCUUACUAUGUGUCAGGGCACUUUGACAAGAUUCCAUUACUUUAUGGGUAGAGACACCUCAUAAACUUAAAAUAGGGUUUAUUCAAUUGUGUUUGAGAAUUUAAAUAAUUUAUUGUUUAAAUUAUUUUAACCCUGCAGGAAGACGAGAUAUUUUAUGCUGUUCUACAUGAAUAUCCUGAAGAAGUAUUCAUAAUCUUGAAAAGUAACUGCAAACUGUUUUUAACAUGCUAUCUCGUCUCCCCUCUCUCCUGCAUCCUGCGAGUGUUCAGCUAGAUAAUUUUCUCUUAGAGCCAUAUCAGUUUUUUUGCAUCAUUUCUUGAUCAAAUCAACUACUUCAUGAGUAACCGAGCCCAAUUUGGCAAUAAUUGAACUAAAUCCAUUAAAUUCAAAAACUCGGGCGAAUCCUCCAACGUUUUCAAUCACCGAAAAAUCCUUGCUAACUAAAGUAGGCAACGGAUAUGAUCGAUUGCUGGAAAAAAGUUGUGACAUGUGUUCACCUUUUUUCACUGAAGUCUCAAUUGUAUGUCAACAUGACUGUGGUCAACGGCCCGAUUAUUGAAACUAUGUCAGCCCGACACGACAAGACAUAGCCCUGUCUCAACCAUGCAAUAUAUCGCAAUUCGAUGUCUUAUCGGGCUGGUUUAAAUUUCAAUAAUCGGCCUGCUGGCAACAAGCCACAGAUAUUGUUUUUUUGGUUUCAGAAUUGUGUAACUCCCCUAAUUUACUAGAAAGGUCGUAGAAUUCUGCGAAAAAAUUUUCCUUAUACAAUAAAUUGUUAUAAUUCAACUUU